AUGGACUCGCUAUACAGGGCGAAGACGAGAGCAGGGGCAGGUCAAUCUCAGCCGAUGACUGAGGAGUUGUUGGAAGAUAUGUAUCGAUCGCUGGACUUCCGCCAGGACGUUUACAUCUCGAGUUGCGUGCUCAGGUUCCUCCGCAGAUUGCAAAUUCUGUUUCGAGACUAUCCACUAGACGGAUUUACGAGCCAUGUUGACGUGGAAGGGAAUAAUGGCGUUACCCUCGUGGCCUCAGAAGAAGAAGCUGUGCCAACUCUGCAAUGGUUACAGGGGAGAGGAGUGGAUAUCAAUCAUGUCAACUACCAUGGCAGGACUGCGCUCAUGGAAGCAGCACUGUGGGGUCGCCUCGACACUGCGCGCUAUCUUCUUGAGCAAGGUGUGGACCAAACGGCCUGCGACGGCAAGUCCAUGACAGCGCUUGAGUUGGCCAUGGACACCAGACGUAAUGCCAACGAACGUGCAAUUCGCUCCAGUAUAGUGUACCGUGAGACUGGAAAGGCGGGCGGAGAUCGUCGACAGCUUGUACGAGAACUCCAGCGCAUGUCCGAGAACAGUGGCUCAUCCGCCAUGUCAUCACGUUUGCCAGAUCAAAGUCCAUCUUUCUUCCACAGAGUCGAGGGAGGACAUCUGCUGCUGUAUCGCCCAUCCAUCUUACUCUUGAAGCCUAUACAAUCCCCGCAAAAGGCAAUUGCUACUCUGGACCGAGGAGGCAGGUAUCCAGUCAUCAACGCAAUGAGUGGCUACUCGCAUCCUAGCUGGCCCAAUGUCCUGGACAACCAGUUGUGGACCGGUCGAGCGAACGACUUGCGUGCUCUGUUGGACCUGGAGAGGAGCGAGCGCUAUGCGUCUCAUGUCGGACCGCAGCUACUGGCGUAUCUUGCCUUGCAUCAUACACUGUGUCUAUAUCCGUUCGAGUCGGAAGAACAGUGGGCACGGCUGGAGGCAGCAAAGCCUAGAUGCAGCUUUACUGCCCUGAUCACAGUCAACAAGCCGCGCUUCUGUCGUACGUGUGCGGAGUUCUUCGAGCAAUUUAAGGUGCACUUCCGUGAAAUUGGAGUUGAGUUCACUUUUGUGGAAGAGGCAGUAAAUGUCUAA